AUGGCAGAUGUUGUGAGCCCCGACUGCCGACUUUGUGAUCCGGGACUGGUGGAUUACAUCAUUGAGCAGCUCGACCGGAGUAGGAACAAGCUCAACACACUGACUGUCGAGCAUGCUCUCGCCAUCCUCUGCGUCCUUCGAGCUCCCCAUCGGGUCAGUGAGCAGAUCCGGCAUUGCCUCUUGGUCCUUCGGGGCCUCAAGUCCGAGCCACACUUGUGUGUCCGAGCUUUGGUGACCGCUUCCGAGCUCUACGAAGUUGUUGCCAACCUCGUGAAUCGGGAGAGAGCAGCGAAGCAGAGCACCGGGAGCUAUUAUGGAGGUGGCUACACCUUCAGCGAUGACGACCAGGAAGCGUUUGUCUCCGAGCUAGGCCUUCCGCCAGCAGGUGCGGAUGUGCAGCUCGUGGCGACUGUGAUGGACCUGUACACAAGCAAUCGCAAGCUUGCGGGUGCAGCGCUGCGCACUUUCGCGGCCAUGGCCAAAAUCACGAGAAAGCACCUGCAGGACAUCGUCGCAGGGGAAGUGAGGCCAAUAUCGAACACUCUGCAUGAGCAUGCAAAAAGCCGCUCCGUGAACCUCCACGUAGCCGAGCUCAUCCUACUGGUGGCGAAGACAAGGACGGAUCUUGUUUCUGAUGGAUUGAUGAUGAUGGCAUGCAAGUCGCUGAGAAGCUCCACUCGAGAUGCAGAGAUUGCGUGCAACAUCUUGGUUUCCUUGCGGACCUUCCUUCAAAAGGCAUCAUCGGACUCGGACGGUGGCCCGGCAGCCGUCAACAGAUCCUUGGCGCAAGCCCUGCCAUUUGACGUCCUCGUGCGUGUGGGCGACACUCACCACGCGAACUCCGGCGUCGUUGCUCCUCUGUGCCACUGCAUGAACUUGCAGGCAGCAGCGUCGAAAGAAUAUCGUGAUGACUUCGUGAAUGCUGGUGCCAUCGCCGUUCCGCUGCGCAUCUUUGACGAGGCAGAGGUACACACUCCGGAAGCUUGUGCAGCUGCAGCCCAGAUCCUGAAGGUGUUAUUGACAGAGUCGAAAAAGGCGGCAAGUCAGUUUUUGGAUGCUGGGGGCCCGCGGCUUCUCCUCAACGUGCUGAGCAAGCAAUCCGAGAGCUCCGAGGUGGUGCAUCGCUGCUUUGCCGCCCUGGCCGUGGCAGCUCAAUUCGUGCCAGUCCGCUGGGCUCUGGUUCACCCGGAGCUGCCUCACACCUUCACCUUCCUGGACCAGAUUCUGCGCGUUGCGGAGGUGCAUGUCAGCUCCAUUGCAGACGUGCUGCCGUGGGCCUGCCUGGCUGUCGGUGCUUUGACCGAGUGCGAGCACGAGGAGAGCCAGGAGAUCAUGCGGAAAGCUAUCAACGAGGAUCUGCUUCAAAGCACCCUGACAAAAAUGCGAUCCCAUUACUCCUUUCGAGGGGAUCUGGAUUUCUGCAUGCAGCUGAUCAACAGUGCUGCAAGCUGCGACCUGUCGGACGUAGCCAUCUUGACGGAAGAUGGCGGGCUUCUGAAGAUGCCAGCGCCACGGGUUGAGGCACCCGAACCGCCCAAGAGCUUCCACGCCGAGACGGUCGUUCUGGUUCCGGAACCUGUUAAGGUGCAGGGAGACUGGCACGAGCCAUUGGACAUCUUCGGACCUCUGAGAACACUGGGAGUCGGUGCAUCAGCGGCUGAUUUUGGCGCGGCAAUCACGCAGGAGCAAAUCGCCGUGCUGCGAGGCGUGUCCUCUGCCCCGGUGAAGCAGCCUGUCGCAGCUCAGUUUCUGCGAGCAGUCCGUGACGAGUAUCUCGAAGGCAAGACGGGAGCUGUCGAGACCUUCAUGACGAGGAGAGGGCCACCAGAAGAAGGUGACGAUGGAGUCCUCUAUGAAGGUGAUUUCUUGCUCACUGCCGAUGAGCAAAGGGCGCUUGCGCCCUUCAUUCAGCGGAUGCAAGACUCCUCCGACAAAACCAAAGAGUUCACAGAGAUCGAGCACCGUUGGAAUGUCAAGGCUCAAGAAGACGUACCGGAGGAGCCAGGCUUCUUCGCUUCCGUCUUCGGCGGUGCCGUGACAUCCCCCGAUGCAAAAGCGGAGGCUGAGCCAGACGUG